CGGAGCGGGCGGGAUGGAGCGGCCCGAGCGGGCGGCAGCGGUGCUGGGGGCGAAGCCCCGCGCCAACGGCUGUCCCGGCGCGGCACACGGUGCCCUGCACAACGGCUACGUGCGCGGCCUGCAUGCGCCCGGCACGCAGAUAAAUCAUAUCGUGCACAAUGGAGGAUUAUACAAAAGGCCUUUCAAUGAAGCUUUUGAGGAAACACCAAUGCUGGUUGCUGUGCUGACCUACGUAGGCUAUGGUGUUCUCACUCUCUUUGGAUAUCUGCGAGAUUUCAUGCGACAGUGGAAGAUUGAGAAGUGUCAACAUGCAACAGAAAGAGAAGAACAAAAGGACUUUGUCCCAUUGUACCAGGACUUUGAAAAUUUCUACAAUAGAAACCUCUACAUGCGCAUUCGAGACAGCUGGAACCGUCCAAUCUGCAGUGUGCCAGGGGCCAAAGUGGACAUGAUGGAGAGAGUUUCCCAUGACUAUAACUGGACGUUCACGUACACGGGGAGAGUGAUAAAGGACAUUAUUAAUAUGGGUUCCUACAACUAUCUUGGAUUUGCACAGAAUACUGGGACUUGUCAAGAAGCAGCAGCUAAAGUUCUGUCCCAGUAUGGAGCUGGGGUGUGCAGCACUAGGCAGGAGAUUGGAAACUUGGACAAACAUGAGGAGCUGGAAGAGCUAAUUGCCAGGUUCCUAGGUGUGGAAUCAGCAAUGGCAUAUGGAAUGGGGUUUGCAACCAACUCUAUGAAUAUUCCUGCUUUAGUUGGCAAGGGCUGUCUGAUUUUGAGUGAUGAACUGAAUCAUGCAUCCCUGGUGCUCGGAGCAAGACUGUCAGGAGCAACUAUUCGAAUCUUUAAACACAACAAUAUGCAAAGCCUGGAGAAGCUGCUCAAAGAUGCUAUUGUGCAUGGGCAACCUCGUACACGGAGGCCCUGGAAAAAAAUUCUUAUCUUGGUGGAAGGAAUAUACAGUAUGGAGGGAUCCAUAGUCCGUUUGCCUGAAGUGAUUGCCCUUAAGAAGAAGUACAAAUCCUAUCUGUACCUUGAUGAGGCUCAUAGUAUAGGUGCCCUGGGUCCCAGUGGCCGGGGUGUAGUGGAGUAUUUUGGACUCAAUCCUGAAGAUGUGGAUAUUAUGAUGGGAACAUUCACCAAAAGUUUUGGAGCUGCUGGAGGAUACAUUGGGGGCAAGAAGGAACUGAUUGAUUACCUCAGGACAUACUCUCACAGUGCAGUGUAUGCAACAUCGAUGUCACCCCCUGUUGUGGAGCAAAUCAUCACCUCCAUGAAGUGCAUUAUGGGUGAAGAUGGUACAACUGUUGGGAAAGCACGUGUGCAGCAGCUAGCAGAGAACACGAGAUAUUUCAGGAGAAGACUGAAAGAAAUGGGCUUCAUCAUCUAUGGAAAUGAAGAUUCCCCAGUUGUGCCUCUGAUGCUGUACAUGCCAGCAAAAAUUGGUGCGUUUGGGCGUGAGAUGUUGAAGCGGAACAUCGGUGUUGUGGUUGUGGGCUUCCCUGCCACUCCCAUCAUCGAGUCCAGAGCCAGAUUCUGUUUGUCUGCAGCUCAUACCAAAGAGAUGCUCGAUACAGCUUUAAAAAAAAUCAAUGAAGUUGGGGACCUUUUGCAACUGAAAUACUCCCGUCACCGUUUGGUACCUCUCUUGGACCGACCAUUUGAUGAGACAACAUAUGAAGAAACAGAAGACUGAGCUCCCUCCAUGUGCCUUGGUGGGAGACACACACCCUGUGGGACACUCCGUGGCACGCAGGCCACAGCACUCAUGAGCAACACACUUAUGACUGCUUAGCAUAAAAGACAUUUCCUCACAAUACUGAAGUGGCCACAUCAGCUCUAAAUGGCAUUUUGUAAAUAGGGAGAGGAGGAAAAAAAGCUUUGAUUCCUGUGUCUUUGGGGUCUGGCCCUAGAGGUGCUUGGCUUUAUUUUUUUUUCUUGCUGCUUUUUUAUUUAUUUGUCUCUAUAGGUUCCCAGCAGCCUGAGUUGGCUGUGACUGAUCAGCUCUGACUUUGUAUGCACCAAUGCUCCCAAAUGCUGGCUGAGAUGUUGUGAGCAUGUGUGACGCUGGCAUGGCAGCAUUUCCAGUGUCACUGCUAGGUGUCUGACCUUCCCAGUAAGGAGUGAAUUGACCUCUCUGUUCUUGGAGACUUCUUAGAGAAACUAUUGAUUGCUAACGUUGACAUAUUUAACAAGAUAGAUAAUCAACCGAAGUUGUUUUUUCUUUUGCAGUUACUUGUGUUUAAGACUUGAAUUCAGCCUUUUAAAAAUAAAUGUGUUGUUGACAUGUCACUGACAGGACCAUUGUUCCCAAAUAUUACUUAGUUUUGUAAGCCACAGGCAGAAGGACUUCUGGGACUUUUACCAAUAUGGAUAACAAAUUGUCUUCUGGUUUUGACACUAGUUGUCAUCUUGAUAUAGGCUAAGUGAUGGAGAGGGGUUUUAUUUUUGGAGUUUUAUUUCUGUUGGACUGUACUUUGUCUUCAUUCCAACAUACUUCUGUUUAAAAAAGAGAAAGGUAGUUUUAGUGUGUGUUGCUUUCUCAUCUUCAGGUUAAUUUCUCUUGCUUUAGAAUUAUCACAAAACUAUCAACAAGUCACUGCUAGAAGGGUGCUCUUGGAGUUAAGUAAACUGUAGCAAGCUUUGUGCUUCUUGUUAAGACCAGAACCCCUAAAUAAUCAGGCUCAUACAAUUGAUGACUAUAAGGAGAGCCACAUACUUCCUGUAGAUCUGUGAAAGACUGAUUGCUACUCUUUGUUGCGCUAGUUCCCUGUUUCUUGUCACAUAAGAGGUGUUCUCAUUGGCCUUAUUGCACGAGGAAAAGUAUAGAGAGCUUGGAUCUUGUAUCGUACACUACGUUUCAUCUAGCCAAGGCAGUCUCAGUUGGCAGCUGCAUCUCUGUGUAGGCUUUCCCUGACAAGAGAAUAUCCUCACAAUUGCAUUUUGUUUGAGAUCUUCAUUCGUUUGCAUUUCUGUUAUUGUGGGAUCAAAUUAGUGUUCACUGAGCCAGUUAAGUUUGGAAUCUUACCUUCAGGUUCCACACUGUCUUACUCUGAUCAAAGCUUAAAAUGGACAGCUUUGCUCUGGCAUACCUUAGAGGUGUCUGCUACAUAGUCAUUGCAUCUCAAGUUCUUUAAGUGAACAGAAUGUAUUGUUGAAGAGGUACCAGGAAGUUUACAACAGGAGUCAGUUGCACUGUAGUUUGUUUCUGUUGUUUGUAUCUUUGACAUGCAGGGUUUCUACAGAGAUAGUACAGCUUUAACACCAUGUCAAUUGGGCACAGCCAGCUUUCCACUUUAGGUUAGGAUGAUGCUUUUUGUAGGUGGCUGGAGUUUUUUAAACAGAUUGGUCAUCAUAAUGCUCAGGCAGAGUGCAGCUCACAGCUUCUUGCCUGGUGCUGGGAAAGAAAAAAACCAAUUUCAGUUCCACUGUGCACCUAACAAGGAAGGGAAGGAGAGCUUUGUUCACCAGAACCAAGCACUUCUGCAAAUACGUCUGGUGAUUUGAAGAAGAAUGGGCUUCUAUACCACAGAAUGUCUGUCUUCAUGUAUUUAUAGUUCUAUUUUAAUGUAAUGGAACUUCAAACCACUGAUUCAAUUUUUUACUCUUGCAUCUCAGAAAUUUAGUUAGAGAGGAAGACCCAAAAUUCUCUGUUUCCAAAUAGGUUCAGAAAACCAUCUGUAACUUAGUCCACUAACGCUGCUUUGCUCACCUUCUGGAGCAAAGUGUGUGCACAGUCCAAGAAGCCAGGAACUCGUAUGUGCAACUUCAGUGGCUAUGGAGUAGUCUCAUUUGUCAGCCACAGAGUGAGGAAACUGCAUUUACAUGAGCCGACUUGCUUGCCUGUGUUCUGCCCAGGCCUAGCUCUCAACAUUCCAGCAGAUGACCAGCUUUCUGACAUCAAGAAGCUUUACCUCAAGGAAUUUGUUUUUUUUCUUUUGGGAUUGUAGUAGGAAACAAGAGGAGGUUAGUGCAGGGAGCCCUGACUCCAGCCCUGGUCCUGUUGAAUUCAUCCUGGAAUGGUCUUAAGAUCAGACAAAACUGACCAACUGGAAGGGAUAGAUAUGGGUUGGUAGGAGCUGUUCUGAGCACUCCCAGGUGUACGGUGUGUUUGUGUCUGCUUCAACUCAGUUUGAAAAUGGAUCUGUUAAGUUAGGAGUGGGUUGUCAUAGAUUCUACAGGUUUUGAGUCUUGCAUUCAGUUUUAGGGCAGCUUGUCUUUAGAAAGGAGAAAAGCAUCUGGGUAAAUCUCAGUAAUUCAGAUAACUCCAGUGUAACACUUGUGAAGUGGUCAGUGUUUGAAAAUUGCUGGUCCCCAUUGGGAUCCUAGUUGCACUUGUUGAUAGUGUUCAUGCUGAACACAUUUAGCAUCUUUCCCCUGUGUCACGCUCUCUGCAUAUGACUUUGAAUUCUGUGUCACAGAGACAUUUCAGAAAUCAUUCAGACAGCUAGUAGCAUUUGCAAGCUGCUUGGUUACCAUAUCCUGCCAUAUCCUUUUUGGAAAGCAACCCCUCCCCAGAGGCCGUUUAUCCAAGGGAACCUUUUUUGCCAGUCUGGUACCUGUUGAAACUGCUUCUGAAAAAGUAAGAAGUUAAAAGUCCAAGAUUUCACACUUCUAAGUCAGUAAUUCCCUGAGUGUGAAAGCCAGGAAAAUCUUUUCACAACUACUAAAAAAUUCCACUCUCCCAAAGGAAAGAGCAGACCACUGCUGGUUUGUCAUAGGCAAACCUACAGCAUGUGUGCUGUCACGGGAUGUGUGGGAUGGACUGCUGCUCCCCUGUUUGUGUACUGACCAGAAAUCUGUCUCCUUGUUUUGUCCUGGCAGUAGAAGUGAAUGAAGGAACCAAUCUCUAGAGAUCACAAAGGAAAGAAAAGCUGCUUAAGAAAUAGACUUCAGUCCCUGCCAACUUUUCUGAGGCAUUCUAAUUGAAAAUGACUCCUGGUAUUUCUUCAGAGAUGCGAAAUUCAAAAGAAAAUGAAGGCUGCUUUUGAACAAAGGCUUUUGCCCUGUACUGUACAUUGGCUAAACUUACUCAUAAAUAUACAACAGUUAACUUCCUGGUACCUCUCUGAAAAACUUAGCAAGCAAGAUUUUGCUUCUGCUGAAGCAAAGAGUUUAGGACCAUUAUAAUUUUCAAGGCUGAUGGCCAUGCUCGUUUACUCCUAAACAAAAAACUGAGGAGCUCCUACUACCAAGCAUCAAUGAAGAGUGAGAGAUCUGCUUUUUGUUAGAAACUGGCCUUAGAAUGGCUGAGAGGAGGGUCAGGGACUUCAGAGGCAGUGGCAGCUAGCACAUUCAUUUCCUCAACAGUAGGUGGACAGGUCUCACUUGAACGUGCCAAGGGUUGGUGCCAUUCCAGAAAUACCCACGGUGAAGAGAAACGUGCACCAAACAUCUGACUGCUGCAAAGCAUUCCUUUUUUCUUUUUGCCAAGUCUCACCCUGCUCAGAUAGUAUUUCUGCUACCCCCUAAUGGUAUAUUAAGCUAAAUGCAUCUCCAGCCUUUAAAUAUUAUUCACUUCAGGCCAGUUUGAGAGAGGUAAGAGGAACACUGGAGCCUGAGGCUUUAGGCUAGCAGCCCCAAAGCCAAUGGUGGCCCACAUUUCCACAAGCCCCGGGCAGAAUUACCAAGUCACAGCACUUUGUCUUCAGUUGUACUGUAUUCUGACACCUCUGUGUUGCUAUAAUGUACAUAUAUAUUGGAGUUUUUGUAGAUAAGACAUUUUAGAUAAAAUUUUUAAAUGGGCUCCCUCAAAAAUAUUUUAUGCCAGAUGUCUAUAAUUUUUUUUACACUCAGGAUUAAUAAGAAGUUGGAUGCUUUGUGGGCAGGGGAAAGAGAAAUGGAUGGUACAUUGGCUUUAAAAAGGUAACAAUGCAUGUUAAAAAAAACCCAAACAAACACUGGAGGAAAAACUGUUUGGGAAAUAAAUCCAUUUGAAUAUAUUCUAUGUUCUGCAUAAUAAAGACUUUAAAAAAA